AUGUCAACUCUAUCUGAUAAUUUCCUGCAAUCACUGAUUCGAUGUCUGCAAUGGAAACAUUAUUUCAUACUGAAAUCGAUUGUAUUGCUAGUCACCUUGAUUACUUUUGUUAUCAUUCUAAAAAAUUCUUCGGACCGACAGCCUUCAUUGUCAUAUGCAUCUUCGAAAAGACGUCAUGUAUCUUUGUCGCCGAAGAUUUUACAAAAUCUACUAAUUACAAAAUUGAACGUAACUGACUCAACCUUAGCCAUACCGUCAAUAGUGACACCCGCAAGCUAUCUCGAUCCUUUCAUCCAUUCUCGCAUUCAAUUUACUCAUAAUGACGAUCAGCGACCUGAACAAAGUCGAAAAUGGUGUCAAGCACAAAGUAAAUUCAUUCGUCCGCAAGAUCUCGAGCCGUUCAAAUGUGUCGAUAUGAAACAAUUCGACAAUCACGAACAUGUUCUCUGUCUCGAUCCAUUGAUUCGUAACUCUUGUUUAAUCAUGACGAUCGGAAUGGACAAUAAUCGACUUGAUAGUUCAUUCGAAAAUCAACUUUACGAAUGGAGUGGAUGUCGUGUACUUACAUUCGAUCCUUACUAUCAACCGAUUCAAACAAAUUCAUCCGAUCGAAUGAUUACUCUCAAAUCAAACUGGAUAUUCUAUCGAAUUGGCCUAACGCCAUCGGCUGCGGUUGAUGACAAUUCGAAUCUGAUGACAAUCGGUAAACUAGCGGAAUACAUUCAUUUAGAUUCUCUUUCAACACGAAUUGAUAUUCUGAAAAUUGAUAUCGACAAUGCCAAUGAAUGGAAUCUGUUAGAUGAUAAUGAUUUUUUUCAAUAUAUUUGUCGACAUGUAAAACAAUUAAUAAUUAAAACAAAACCUAUUCAUUCAAAGCGUUUUCAACAUUAUCGUAUAUUUACAUUAAAACUAAAUCGAUGUUUUGCAUUGUUACGUCGUCGUUCGCGUUUGUAUCUUCUCGGUCGACAUAACCAAUUCGAAAGUGAAUGGUCGUUGACAACAUUUUCGCUCAAUCUGGGCUUAUUUUGUGAUGAAAUUGAUAUGUCAAUGUAUUUGCUUAUUUAUGGACAUUUGUAUCUUGUAAAUACAAAAAUUUAA